UAUAUUUCCGCGCAUGGUCAUAAAAGUAUACAAGACCUAUUGUAUACGCUACUACGUUAAAGCUUACACAAACAUACUUUCCACAUUGAAACGAAUGUUGCGCACAGUAACGCAGAUUGACAGCUGGGAGAACGUGAAACAGGAGUGGCAGAUCAUGUAAGGGUACUCUAGUCGGAGAGUGAGACUUGACAAUUCACGAGCAGACGCGCUGCUAAGAAUACAUUAGAAGAGUUGACAGGAUAGGCAGAAGAAGGCAGGGCAGCGGGGGAGGGGGCGGGAGAACAAGAGGCGGUAUGACACGACCCCCUAAUAAUGACAACCUUAUGACCUUCAAAUUGGUCGUGGUUGGUGAUGGAGGUGUUGGAAAGAGUGCACUCACCAUACAAUUCUUUCAAAAAUUAUUUGUCACUGACUAUGAUCCUACCAUCGAGGAUAGCUACAUUCAACAUACAGAGGUAGACAAACAAUGGUGCAUCCUAGAUGUGUUAGAUACAGCUGGUCAAGAAGAAUUCAGUGCCAUGCGAGAACAAUACAUGCGCAAGGGUGAUGGGUUUUUAUUAGUAUACUCUGUGACUGAUAAACAAUCUUAUGAGAAUAUCAUGAAUUUUUAUACCCAAAUACUUAGGGUAAAGGACAGAGACGUAUACCCUAUGCUACUGGUAGCCAAUAAGGUCGAUUUGGUACAUUUGAGAAAAGUUACAGAGGAACAGGGAAGGGAGUUGGCUCACCGCUUGAAUAUACCUUAUAUCGAAACUUCUGCCAAAGACCCACCAUUAAAUGUAGAUGCAGCAUUCCAUGAGGUUGUUCGUAUCAUCAGAAAUCAACCUCCAGCUGAGUUGGAAAAGAAUCGGAGGAAACGAAGACGUUCAGGAAAAUGUAAUCUUUUAUAGAGCCCUAAAAAUAUUGAGUGAGUAUUGGGGCUGCGUAAUGAUUACGAAUUACCUUUUUAAAGGGUCACUUUUUGUCAUAAAAAGUGAAACGCACCUGCCAAAAAACAAAAAAAAAGGACGAAAAAAUGGGUCUUCUGUCCUCCAUCGUAUAUAGGUACAUGUGAUUCGUACAUUUUUCUUUUUUCGCCGAUUCACGUAUGAGUUCAUAGUAUUAAUAAGCAUCGAUCCCACCUUUGUAACAUAAGUGUACAGAAUAGUAAGGAUAAGAGAUGCAUCGAUCGAAAAAGAAAAAAUAACGAUACUAUAUGUCUCGGAGACGUAAUUAGAUUUUUUAAAAAAUCAAUUCAGUAUCAGUUUAAGACUUAAAAGGCCGAAAAAAUUUGUCGGAGUUAUCGACUGUUCAUCAUUAUGAUAAUAUGAGACCACGUCUCAGUACGCGUGUAUACAUCAAUUUUUUACCAUUGACAAAACUCUAUGGAAUUGAGCGUUUUUUAUUGCACAAUGCAUAAUUCUAUAGAAAUCUUUUUACUUCUUCACGUAAUAAGAUCAUGUCAUGAAAUGACUAUGAUAGUUUCAUAUAUUGAUUCAGCUCCUAUUUUAGACAGCGGUAAAAGAAAUUAUAGCUUCAAGCAUGUUUAUUUAUUUAUUUAGGUUGAAUGACCUUUUAUUUACGUGUAUGACGAUGUAUGUAUUUCUUGACAGUUUAUUGUUUGCUCGAGUCUUUCCUAUUAUAUUUGUUUCAUUGAAUUCACGUACAGAUUUUUAGUAUAUUUUCAGUCAUUGUCUUUUUGUAGCGAUGUAAAUAAUAUUCGGAAAAAUGAAUUCUUUAACAAUAAGUUUUUCUUUUUUCGGUAAAUAUACCAUUAGGUAUUUGGAACCUAAUGAAUAUCUAAUAAAUAUUCUGAAUCAAGAAUGAAAUAUUCAACGUAAGGCAGUAUUGCCUUCGCUAUUAGAUUAUUGGCUUUGAUAUUUAUAGAGGUCUGAUAUAAAAUAUUUAUCGUGUUUAAGUAUUCAAGUAAAUAUAUACAACGCAAAGUAUUGUGUUUAGCUAAUUGAAGUUGAGAAACAUAGUGUAUUAUUAAAAAGAAAGAUACACAAUGAGCAAUAUACAUAUUGCUUUUGUAAUGCAAGCAAAACUUGUCUAAUGUCGCGAGAAUUUCUUUUUUUCUAUCGAUUAAUUUAGUUUCGAACGUUCGUCACUCUAUCAAGUGCAAUACGCGAACUUUGACUAUGUCAGACCUUCUUACAUAUAUUUAAGAAAAUAAUGCCAUGGCCUACUUUAGUAUUUAAAUGUGAAAAAGGAAUGCGUACAUUUAAGAAGCGCUCCAAUUGCGUGUGUAAGUGAAAUUUAAUGUUACAUGUGAAUGCAAAUACCAAACAGUGAAUUAUUUUUCGUGCUUAUACAGACUCGAACGUUGCAGUCUAUAUCGUGCAUAAUAUUCGUCUUACAUCUUCUACGUACUCGAUACGGUACUCGUACGGUAUUCGUUAAUGAUAAGAUUAUCAACGAGGACGUUACAACGUGAAUGAAACUUUCUCGUUUGAUUAUCUUCCGUUGGUGUACGAUAACACUAAGUAUUCAUUUGCAAUGUAAUUCAUUUUUUUUUUUUUUUUUUGUUCGUUGAAAGGUUCAGUUCACGGUUCGCAAAAUAAAAUAUAUUCGUAGCACAAUGAAUAUUUAAUUCUUCGCUAUAUAUUAAAGAUAAGUACGCGUUGUUUGUAGUGUACAUGGCGCUGUGGAAACACAAAACGAAAAAGCGGUUUAAUUGCUUUAGACGUUCUUUAAGAAACUUCAACGAAGUACUCUGUUUCGAUUGUCUUUAUGAUUGCGACACAACCCUUGAAAAUGUAAUAUUCGUUUUACUUCUCGAAAUUCGAUUCCAGUAUUAUAUUUUGGUGUACGCACAAAGUGCUUCUCCUAUACGUAGGAACGAUGUGAAACUCAGCAGUAAUAUAUUACGAUACGUACGCACAAGAUGUGCACAAAUAUCUUGGCGUCACCGAUUAAUUCUAACAGUGAAACAUAUUUGCCUUGAGAUAAGAAUAAUUUGUAUUAUAAACGAUGAAGGUUAACGAAGGAAUGUGGGGUAGUUGCCGUAAUGUAGAAAAUCCACUUCGACAUUCUCUAACGAUACAAAAGAGAUGGUUGUUGUAUUUUGUGACCAGUCGAACGUCGGAUCAGAAUAGGUCUGAUAGUAUUCUUCGUUAAAGAAAAUUUUACAUAGGCGUCGUUCUUCAAAGUGCAACGAAGUAUUAGAGAAAAUUAAAAAGAACUGAGAAACAACGUAUGUAUUUUGCUCUAUCGAUACUUUCGUUUGCCAAUGAGAGGUUCAUAAAUUAAGAGCGUUAUUUUAGCUAAUCUAUUCUCUUAGAUUCGGAGAAAGCUCAAUGCGUAGUUAAAAACUGCACUGCACGAGUAAACGAUUGUACAAAUUUUACCGAAACGUUUAUACGACACUCUAAACUUAUGAUUCCGUUACAGUUUCGGUAUGAAAUAUAACCGCGAAUCGUAUCGUUUUGCAUAAAAUUUGCAAAUUGUAAGCGAUCGUACGUUACUAUUAUGCAUUCACGAAAUUCAUCGAACGUGUGGGCAACCGAAUUGAUUUCUUUAUUGCACGCGUACGUAUUGUUCGCGUGAUAUAAUACGGGUUAUACAUGUGCAUUUCUCCCACAAGGUGAAACGAAUCACCGCUUCGUUUAAAGCCCGUUCAUUUGGUAGUAGAUUUAGUAGUUACAUCGCGAAUAAACGUGGACCAUCCAUCUCGGUCGAUCGAUUGGAAAUUUCUACGUCACAAAACAGUCAUUACAGAGGAACAUCGUGUAGAUCCAAUUAAAAUUAAUCGAACGCGAUGGUUCGAUGCCUCGCUGGUUUUUAGCUGAUAUAAAAUUAUUAUUUCGUUUCGUAAACGCUGUUUCUAUCAAUGGAUUAUAUUAGAUUACGCGAAUAAAAAGAUUUAUACAUUAAGAAUCAGACUCUAUAUCGAAAGAUUCAAACAGCGAUUGUCGUUGUUAUUUCGAAGCUGAAAAAGGAAACAAACGAAACGAGGGAAAAAAAAACUGUAUAAAUACGUGCAUAUUGUGAACAUUUUUUAGACUCAGGAUUUAGCGUUCCUCGCAUGUUGUAAUAAUCUGAAAAGCGCUACGUUUUUUAUCGCCGUCCAUGAAAGAGGAUCGUGAUUGAGCAGAUGAAAAUAGAAACUCUCCUAUUGUUUCGUAUGCAACGUGUACGACAAUUAAAAACAAGCACGAUGUCGUAUAUCAAAUUGAAUUAUAACAUGCAGCGAAUAUCGUGCAACGUUGAACAAGGGAAAUCUGUAAACGCAAAGCUCGUGACGUUAGCGUGCAAACUUUUAGGUCAUUUAAAAAGGGAAGAGUCAAGAGGAUUAAUUAUGAAAUAGUCAAUACGUUGAAUCAUUGUGAUACUGAGGUGGAGAAAUCGCAAGACGUAGCGAAUGCUGUGGUUGUGCGAGCCAUCGAAGUCAGUUGGAACGACGUUUUUCUUACGUCUGUCAAUGGAAAAGGCGAGAAUUUCGAAUUUUCAUCGUUGGAAAAAUUGGGAGCUGCAUCGAAAAGAGAAACACAGGCGAAUGUUCUUUACGGAAGGAAACAAGCAACGAUAUCGUUUAAUUAAAUUACUGUUAUACAAACGAACGGAGGAAAAUUUGGAAAAGUCCCUGACUUCGUUCUCGUUUCCUCCCAGUGUUUGCUAGUCACUACAUUCAAAUACCGCACGUCAGCAUAGCUACUUAUUAUUAAUUUUUUUAAUGGAAAAAAAGAAAAAAAGAAGUACCGUAUAAUGGCACACAGGAAACAAUGAACUACACGUAAUAAGAGAGUUAUAGGUUUAAGAUGAAGUACGAUCGUUUCCGCCGUUCUUGUCCUUAGAUAGCGACGAAAAAAAAAGAAAAAAAAGUAUAUAUAUAUUUUGAACAAAAAAUAAAGAACGAGUAUUCCUCCUUAA